UCACUUCCUCCGGUCAGAGGUGAACAACAUGGCCGCCUCCGCACGGAGCUAACGUUUCUGUGUCAAUGAUAAAACGUGUGAAUUAACCGCGGACGUCCGUCGCUUCACUAACCGGCACCGAGUUAGCGCUUAUCACCGCGCCGCCAUGUUCCCGGUGCUCGGCGGCAGGACCGUGCAGGUCACCCGGCUCCUCGCGCCCAGGAGCGGCGUGCUCGUGGCGGCUGUCCGCGGCCGAAAGUCCCGCAGCGACCCGGUGGCCAAGUCCAAAGAGGGGCGGGUGAAGGUGCCUCCGCCCGUCGACCCGCUGGAGAUGGUGGUGAUGAAGGAGAGGUUCUCCGAGUACCAGCUGAUCAUGAGGGCGCUGCGACUGGAGUUUAAGGAGGAGAUGCUGCGAAAGAAGUACGAGGAGGAGACGGGCUCUCAGGCGGAGGAGAGGGCGAGGCAGGAGGCGGAGGAGCAUCGCGCCCUCAUGUCCUGGAACAACCAGGAGAACCUUCGUUUGCUCAACAUCAGAGUCAUGAGGAUCCAGAAGGAAAAGGAGGAAGCUGAGCACAAGAAGUUAGAAGCUGCCAUGAAGCGGGAACAAGAACACGAAGAAUUCGUCAAAGAAAAAGAGAAGGAGAUUCUGCAGUUGCAGGAGGAUGCAAAGAACUUCAUCAACUUGGAGAACCUGGAUCAGCGAAUCGAAGAAGCUCUGGAUAAUCCAAAGAACUACAACUUUGCCAUUGACAAAGAAGGCAGAGUUGUUAAACAGACGGUGCUGCAGUGAAGCGACAGACCAACCGGUCUCAGAAGAAAAAGACAGACGGACGCCUGCUCUGUCUAAUGUGGGAUUUUCAGUCGAAUCCGCCUGGAAGUGAAUGAGAACUGUAAAACACAGUCGGGUUGAGAAAGCUGUUGUAUCUGUUAACAGAGAAGUAUUUCAGAAUCAUUCAUCAGCAGGUAUCUGCAUCAAAUUGGGAUUUUAAAGAAGUUGAUGGACAGGUAUCAGAAAAGUUUGAGCUUAGAGUCGAUUUAGCUUCUGACAGAAGGAGACGACAUCUCCAACUUUAACAGGAAGCUCCUGUUCGCUGCCUUUACUUUCCACACGUCUGUUUUCAUCUCUGUAUGAGUCGUGUACUUUCAUCAUUACUGUCUGUUCGUGAUAUAUAACGUAUACAUAAAGUAAAGUAAUGUUUAUUGGGGUUUACACAAAAUAUUUUCAAACAGUAUAGGAUGAAACUGAGUCCAUCUCUAUUUCUGAAAGUCAUUCACAACUACUUGAUCUUUGAGUAGUUGAAAAUGUAAAACUAUAAUUUCUAAACAUUCUUCAAAAUGGAUUUCUAACGUCACAAUCACUUCCUCUGUUUUUGCACUUUGAGCUGCUGGCCUCUAGGUGGCGCCCCGCUUAGCUCUCCGCGUUGUGUUUACAGUGGGAGGGGUAUUAACCAGCUCAUGUGGGGACGGCGUGCUGCAGCAGCUGUGUAAUCCUCCUGUGUGGCUCCAGGUCACAGGUUGAUGAGAUGAUGGUGAUCGGAGGUGAAGAGCUGAAAUAACCUGCAGCAGCUUCAGUGAGAAGAGGGCAGGGAUCAGCGAGAGGACGUAAACACGAGAAUAUCCUGCUUUAAAUAUUCACACUUAACUUUACAGAUUCUGAAAAAGAGUUAGUGAGGUGUUAAACCCCACACUGACGGAGGGAGGAAAGAAA